AACAACCUUGGCAACCACGACUAUGCGCAGGAUACAGCAGGCAGUAUGGCGGACAACGAAAGUGAUUUGGAAACAUACGGGCUGGAAUUAGCUCUCGACACGCUCUGUCUAAGGUAUUGCAGCAGGGAGUCAUCUCUAAGCAGCAAAGACUACUGUUCCAAGUUUUGUGAGCUAGUUGAGGAGUACACAGGUCAGUGGCAAGUUCCCCUCCCUCAGUUGAAGGUGCUGAGGACAGCGCUCUGCAGCUUCACCAGAGCCACAGCCGGCUUUCCAGAUGACUGUCAAAACAUCCAAUAUGUUCUCAGCAGUCUGGCAUUGAGUUUCUUUGAGCUGAUGCUGUUCUUUAGCAAGGAGGAGUUUGUGGAAGAACCUUUAAAAGACAUUCUUGAUUCUUUUCAGGAAUGCCACUUCAAGCUCCUGAGACAUAGGAACAUCUACCUUCAGCACUUGAAGCAGGUUAUUAAAGGAGGGGGCCCGUGGGAGAAUCCUGUCCUUCAGGGAAUCUUGAAAGAAGCGGAUUUGCCACAAAAUGAGGUGGAGGACUUCUUAAGCUCAGAGCUGCCCAUUUUCUUGGAGCUGCGCGUUCGAUAUCUCCAAGCUUGUGAACGCAUACAGGAGGCUAUGACCCUGGCUAAAAGCUGCCUGGAAAAUCAUGAAGCAGGACAACAUCUCUACUUCCACCAGGCCUACCUGACCUGUCUCUACAAGGCUUCUCUGUAUGAAAACCUUAACAAAGAGAUGGCAGAAAUAGACGGCCGUGACGCAGUGGAGAUUAUCUGCAAUACCGAGAGUGUGGAAAAAGAUGAACUUCUGCUGUCGCUUUGCAAAGCUUUCCUCACUCGGCAGCUUCACAACGGAGACAUGUAUUACAUCUGGGACUUGGUUUUCAUCUGGAGCAGACUGUAUCUCAGGGCCCAUCCGUCUAGACAAGGCUUCCUCACUGAAUGCUUACAGUUGGCCUCCUCUGCUACCAACGUGAGAGCCAUCUUCCCCUUCAUCAAACUGGUCACUACAGAGCUUGGAAAUAAAGGAGUGGAGGUGUGCGUGGAGCUUUGUGCCAGAGCGCUGCAGCUGUGCGAUAAGCAGGCUGACACUGUAACUCAGUCGCUUGUCUGCAAGACCAUAGCCUUCCUACUGCCUCAUGACCUGGAGAUCUGCCGAGCGUGUGCCCUGCUCGUGUUCUGCCAGGAGAGGAGCCUGGAGGCCUACCGAACUGUCUGCCUGCUUUACAUGCAUCCUGAUCAGGAGGCGAAUCCUGACAGCAACCCUGUCCGGACGAAUGUUCGCUUCCAUAUUCUGCAGAUGCUCAAGGAGCGCUUGUGUUUUGACCCAGAAUUUUGGAACCUACUAACGCUUAGAACUCAUUGUUUGGAGUUGAUGAGUGACAAGGUCACCAAGGAUGCUGUUCUCAGUGAGAUGAAGGAGGAAGAAGAAAGAGAGUGCACCCAAGAAUAUUUGCCAAAUAAAUCAGCGCAUAGCUCAUGCAUUCUCGGUUUAAAAUCAUGCCACUGUAGUCCAACUGCAACUCCAAGCAAAACGCUACCAGAACAGAAACUUGAAAACGGGGCGGAAGAAAAGUCAGAGCAAAGCGAUGCACAUUUGAGAAGGAUGAAAUGGAGAAGACGAAAGAGAACAAAAAUAAUCUCCAGUGAGGAGUUUGAUCUGGAUCCAGAGAUCACAUAUGACCUCAAAUCAACCUCUUUGGGUAGCAAGCCCACAUAUUCACUACGGCGGAAUCACGCAAAGACGGAAAAUUCUGCCUCUCUUAAGCUCCCUCUGAACCGCAAGAGGGAAUACUUGUCGAGAUGUGUGAAGAGUCAAAUACUAAAGAGAAAAGGGCGAAAGAGAAGAUGGUUGGAGGGUCUUCCACGGCUCGAGCAGUCACAGGCAGUUAAAGAGAAUAUAGUCAUAGUUAGAGGGCGAAAGCGGGGAAGGAAGCCUUUACAUAAACUGGAGCUCUCUUAUCCAGACAAUGAAAUGAACCUCGAGAAAGAAGGUGAUGAUGUCAACGAAAAAACUGGCAUGCGUGACACAGUGCAGGAUUUGCCUUACCGGGAUCAAAAUCUGGAAAACCAGAAUGAGGAGAAAGAGAAUAAACCUGAGCAUCCAAGUGUCCCUGGGAAUGAAAACGGAUGCCACGCAAGCACAGUCCGUGGUAUUACUCAACAAAUUCAAGAAGAAUCUCCAGCUCAGUUUGUGUCCGAGCCACAUGGAGACCCACCGACUCGCCCUCAAAUCAAUAUUCCUCUUGUAGAAGCUAAUCCUGAGCUUGACGGACCACUGCUGAAGUUACUCGAGUGUCCCAUCGAACUGUUGCACAACUAUUCCCUUCUAUCCCAACAGCUUGAAAAUGAGAACGAGGAGCUUCUGGAAAGUAAACAAUCCGAUGACAGUGCAAAAGAAGACCUCCAGCCGGAACAGGAUAUAGAAAUCCCAAACCUUGAGCUCAAACCCAAAACGACAUGGAGGGAUAGAGUUCUCCGGACUCAAAAAUACGGCCAUUUAUCAUACCGCUGCAACCUCUGCUGCAAAACCUAUAAGGGUCUGAAUGUGAUGAGGCAUGCAAUUUCCCAUCUGAAAAAUGGAAAACCGAAAUGCAUCCUCUGUGGGAAACGCUUCAAACAGUUCCCUCUGGCCAAAAAGCACGUUCUGGACCACAUCGAUGAAAUGUGCAAACAGAAACCCCCAGAUAAGGAGCCAACCACUGAGACAACUCCAGCUGCAAAUGGGAUUAUAGACAACACUAAAAAGCCUUCAGAGUCUCACCAUGAAGGUAAGACUUCAUCUGCUAAAGUUGAAGCUUCAGAGCAGAAACCCAAAGGUAAACCCAAACUGGAAAGUCUCACAAGGGAAGAACGAAUCAUCAGGAACGUCCGCAUCCUCCUCAAAAAGACCUCUGGGAUUCAUAAAAAAGACGCAGACUCCAAGACACUCAGGCAGAUGGACUUCAAGGAUGAGCAAGUGAUCAUCACAGACGAUCUGAUCGUCAUAAAAGAGCCAUUUCUAAUACAGAAUAAAGAGGGAGGAGAGGACCAGGAAACGCCAGCAGGAGAAAACGGCUGCAGUGUGGAAAUAAAGUUCCACUUGUGCCCGUCAGACUCCUGUGAUAAAGUCUUCAUGAGGUUAGGCUGCACACUGAUGAAGCAUGCUCUGAAAUGCCAUGUGAAUGAGGAGAAAGUGCUGGAGAAGACUUUUCUCUGGUCCAAGCGAAGGUGCAGCUUCUGUCUCAGGCAGAUUCAUUUUUAUCAGCAUUACAAAGACCACGUGAAGCUUCACGGGCCUUCUCUGCCGUAUUUCUGCUACCAUUUGGAGUGUACCAAACGUUACGCUCAGCAGCAGGAGUUAAAGGACCACGUCAAGACCCAUCAGCCCUUCAGACCUCACUGUCAAUUCACAGACUGUGAGAAGCUCUUCUCAAACUGUCAGGGUGUCUUUGACCACGAAUGGAGGCAUUAUGUCCCCGCUCCACAAAAAGAAGAGUUGGAGCCUGUACCCACCGUAGUGAAACAGCCCAGCUCUGAAGCUCCAUGGAAGCAGAGAGUGAAGAUUGAAGAGAUCUGGCUGCAAAGCAGGAAGGUAGAAGGUUCCACUUUGGAUGUUCACGUGGACAGGAUUAAAGCUGCGGAGGAAAUGUGUAGAGGAAGUGUCCCAGAUGAAAGCCCAAACCUGUCAAACUCUGAGAAUUGUUUCAAAGAAACUGGUGAUAAUCAACAAGUGGAAAGUGAUAGACCAACCGUCAAUGGGUGUGAAGAUGUUCCACAGGAGCCGAACACCAAUUCCACAACCCCCGCUACCAUUAAGAGUUCCGUUAAGAAAAAUCAAAAGAAAGUUCCUAGAGAUUGGGACGUAAUAGACGUAAAAGAGGUGGAGGAUGUGUCCACUCUGGCUGAAGGGAUCCAGAAAGAUGUGGGUGAGCCGCACAUCACCGAGCACAAAACCUUCAAGCCUGAAGACCCCGCCUACGCACCUUUUGUCAAAGCUCCUUUCAUCAGACCGCCGCCCUCCACGUACCUGGACGAGUCAGUCCUCUCCAUGCCCAAGAGAAGGGCUUCAGACCAGCCCCCGCCUAAGAAAUACUACAACAAGAAAAACAAACCCACCCAAAAAGACGCAAAUGAGGUUGCGCCGGCCCCAAAACAAAUCCGACACCGCUGUGACAAAUGUCUGUCCUCUUUCAACACUUCAGAGGAGCUGCAGAAGCAUCAGACCCUCAACACCUGUUCUUCUCUCUUUGGUUUUGACUCAGAUGAUGAAAGCUAAACUUGUUUUUCAGAACAGGUGCUAACUCUUUGAAAUUAUACAAAAUGACAAAAAAAUCACUUGCAAAUGAAACAGAUUUAUAGAUUCAAGACGCUUCACAAAUAGUGUGCAGAACUUACAGGUCUGUAUGUUCAGCAAAUGUGUUCUUCCAAAUGAAAAGGCACAGAUGAGCCUUAGUUUUGCUCUGGAGCAUCCAGAGUUGGUUCAUCCUUGGAGGAUGCUUCGUAAAUAAAACCUAUCAUGGAAAACCCUCAUCCCACAACCUCAUCUCUGGACAAGAACCCAACCGUUUUUUCAGUCAGAGACAUCUUCAGAUCUACCAGAAUCCUGAUCACUUCUUGCACACAGCUAUAACUCACUGCAAUGUUGGAAAAUAACUACUUUUUUCUGAUUUGUGAAUUUGAAUUGAAAAAGAAUUCUAACUUUGAUGUUACAAAGACAGCUGAAAGUUAAAUUGUUAUAUAAGUCAUAAAAAGAACAGUGUCUGAUAAGUAGUAAAAACCUAUAGGGAUGGUGCUCAUUAUUUGAGUUUGCAUUUCAUCCAGUAUUUUGUUAAACCUGCAUUGGAACGGCCUGAAAUAUGUGUAUUUGUUUGUGAAACAAUAAAAUGUAAAAUAGU